UUGGUAAUCGACAGCCUUCUGUUAUCGGCAAAGUAUCAUCUCUAGUAGCUAAGCGUCGUUCUGCAGACGGAAAAACAACAAAUACAAUAAAAACAAACCACUAAAAUUGGUAAAUAAAAGCUUAAGCGGGAAAAUGGCAAGUGGCGGCGCCAGCGUGCGCUGCAUCGAUUACUAUGAGUUGUGUCGCCUCUGCACGGACAGCGCCAACCAAAAGACACAUAUCUUUUCGCCUGAGGGACGCGCGAAGAACCUCAACCAGAAGAUCUUUGAGGUCCUCUCGCUGCAGGUGGAAGAGAAAGACCGCCUCCCGAAAGGCGUCUGCAGUCAAUGUAUCCAGACGCUGGAGCAGAUGGACGGGUUCAGAGCCACUUGCCGAAAUUCUCAAAACAUGCUGAGCAAGUGCCUCACCAUGAGGCCGGCGGCAACCAGUGAAAAGUUGUACAUUAGAGAUCCAAUUGACGACUCUGGAAAAAGCCUCGGCGUUGUCCAAGCAUCUCCAGCUGCCUCUACGACCACCGCAACGGCCCAGCAGUCAAGAAACCUUCUCAACAGCAUUAUGCAAGCUGUGAGUGUGCAGCCUCAGCAACAGUACACCAUAACAUUGGACAACGGAAUCCAACAGCAGCAGCCUUUGCAGCCGCCAACCGAACCCGUCAAGAGCGAUAAGCAGACGGUCCUAGAGGAGUUUAUACGCCUCAAGCCGGAUAUUAAAAUAACUCCGCUGGGAAAGAAGGACGCCAACGCUGCCGUCAGAAACCAACAGCCGCCCCCGCCUCCGCUGCAGACCGUGACAAACACUACCACCACGCUCCCCAGUCCGCAGUUGCAAUUGCAACCGCAACUGGGUGAUCAACUUCAGCCGCUCCUGCAGCAAAUACAGCAACUACAGCUGCAGCAACAGCUCCAGCAACUAACCAGUCAACUAAACAGCCAAUUAACUACCACGACCGAUGAUACUGGCGGACCCAGCGACUCAAAAAAGCCGAAGCUCAACUUCGUAAUCUCCUCGCCGGCAACUCCGCAAUUUUCCACGCAACUAAAUCAGUUUGGGUCGACCCAGCCACAGAUUCAAUUGCAGUUGAUGCCAGGAGGCGGCGGUGUAGGAGUUUCUGGGGCAUUGAACGCUCCAGUCCCUACGCAGAUCAACGCUGCUGCUCUACUCUCCAGUUGCUUUACAACUCCUCAAACGACACCCAACCUUCUCUCGCCCAACAAAUGCUUCCUGCCCAUCACUAUUCGAGACGAAAACUCGGAUCAGCAGAUUGUAGCGCACAUUGACACAAAGAACAUGGUAUUACCGACCACCUAUCAAGUGCAGAUGAAGCUGCAGCCACAGUUGGCCACCGCUGAUGGACAGCCGAUAAUGCAGCUGACACCCACUUCCAUACCGGCUACAUUGCAGCUAACGCCGCAAACAUUGGGGGGUACGCAGGCAACAGUCGCUCAAAACCAGUACAUUACUCCACAGGCCGCGCAACCGCUGCCAAUUCAGAAUCAACAAAUAAUUCCCCAGCAGCAGCAGCAGCAACUACCACCUCACACGGCCCAGGUAACAUCUCAGCAAAUUAUCCGAUCUCCCCAGUCCGCCUCUGCGAAUCCCCAGUUGGUGAUCCGCAAUGUGAGCUCAGCAUCUACUCCAACCACUCCAACGAGUAGUAAAGAAGCACCUGUAUUUAAGACACCCUCACCUAGACAGAGGCCUGUCACGGCACCUAAGACAAAGGUGAUCUCCUCUUCCGCUUUGCCAACAGCACAACCCGUCGGUGGAUCAGCUCCAGACCCAAAGAGAUUAGUGACUCAAGUUAAACAGAUGCAACACGUUAAACAGCCCCUACCAGCAGCCACAACUGCCACCCAGAAUUCGAUCUCAUCCAACUCUGCCUUACAGCGGCUAUCCUCGAACACUACUAUCACCAAAGUAACAAAGCAGUCUGCGGUCGCAGCUCCGGCGCCAGCACCGGUAUCAGCUCCAGCCUCAGCUCCGCCUAAAUUGCCAGUAAUUAAUAAGCAAAACUUAACCAUCAGUCGAAUCUCCUCCCAAUCCACACCCAAGCCGCAAAUGAAGCAGCCAAUGGCAGCACCAUCGGCGGUACCAGCUCCAGCACAUAACCCACAACCCAUUCCUGUCUCAAUUCCCGCGCUUAACAAAGCACAGCCACCGCCAAUGGCAUCGCAGCACAAGAAGGUUAUACGCAAGCCUCCUGAAAACCAGGAAUCCCCUGAUCAAAAGGCUAAGGCUGCGCGUCCCCAGCAGCAAAUUCUGCCAUUACCACAACAAGAUAGUCAGCAGGCUACUCUUUCGCAAGGACUCACCUGUCCCACCUGCAAUCGCGAGUUUAAGAAGAAAGAGCAUCUCACCCAACACGUAAAGCUUCACGCGGGCCUGCGACCUUUCAAGUGCUCGGAGGAGGGUUGCGACAAGGCAUUCAGCCGCAAGGAACAUUUAUCCCGUCACCUGGUCUCCCAUUCUGGCCAGAAAAUGUACACCUGUGAGGUCUGUCGGAAGCCAUUCUCCCGUAAGGACAACCUUAACAAGCAUAAGAGAAUCCACACCCAGCCCGUAAGUGAGACCCUGCAUAGCUGCGAUAUCUGCAACAAGAACUUUUCCAACAAAAUGCAUUAUGAGAAGCAUCGUGAAAUGCACACGGGGAAAAGACCGCGUGAGGAGAGCAUUACUUCUGCCCCGGUUCCACCAGCUGCGCCUGCCCUUGUGUCUUCCCAAGUUCGAAGCAACCCACAGGGACCCAACAAGGAUAUUUAUGAAAUGAAGCAGCGUGUUCCUCACCAGCAGCAACAAGCCCCUCAACAGCAGCAACAUGCGCAAGCGCAACCGCAGCAGGCGCAGAUAAUGCAUGUGGUGACUACCCAGGACUUGGCCGGAAAUACCAUAACUAUAACGCAGGCGCCCGAUUCCAAUAUCAACGCGUCGUUGGCUAACUUUGUGCAGCUGGGAUUCCCUACGUUUCAAAACUCCACCGCACCAGCCAACCCAAUAGUCUGUAAGAUUGAAAAAUAGACUUCUUUCCUUACCUCGUGUGCUAGUCUACCUGCUGGUUCCUUAUUAUGUUUACUUAACACUUGGUUUACCUUUACUCAUCUUUUGUGCAAUAUUAUUUUUUAUGGAUUUUACUCGUGUUUUUGCACGUAUUUUAUACAAAUUUUAGCUUAAUUCGUUUUUGUUUGUUUCGGUUCUCAGUUAGUGAAACCAGCAGAGCGAUAUUCCCGCUGUUAAUUUUAAGAAUUAUCUCAAGAUUGUGUGCGCAAUUCGAUUUUACAUUUAGGACAGUUGUAAAUAAAUGUAUGUAUAUCUAUUUUACAUCAAAGUUGUAAGCAUUUCGAUGGUGAAUACCUUUUUGGGUGAAAACAAUGAUUCCAUGCGAAAAUAAAUAAAAUGUAGAAUUUAUGGCAGAA